AGCUGAAAUCAGAGAAUUUUGACUUUUUUUUUCAUAAAAACUACUUGAACCGAUAAAUCGAUUAUCAAAAUAGUUGGCGAUUAAUUUAGUAAUCGAUUAUAAUCGAUUAAUUGUUGCAGCUCUAGAGUCCUGAUAUUGAAUUAAUGGAAUUAUAUUCAUUAAACAUGCACAUUAUCUAAGAAUUACAUGAUGAGAACUACACAUUUGCAUCCUAACAGCUGAACUCAAAGAUAGUUAUAGCCUGCAACAAGCGUAGAUGCUCCAGCUAGUGUGCGUGUGCUCACUGAGUGUGGCACGGUAAAUGUUUUCGUAGUAGAUGUGGCAAAUCUGUACAGUCCUCUCUUUUUUUGGUGGCAACGCCCCGUGUUGGCUUAUGUGAUGUAGCUGCAAAAAAAAAAAGCGGGUCACGGUGUUUGUGUGGCUGCAACGCCUUUAACUCACGCUGGUCCUGUAUGUGUAGCGCCAUGCAUAUACAUCUAUGUGCCUUGAGCUGAUAUGGCCGCCUGCUUGGCGCAUUGGACAUUAGUGUUCUACUAAAUGCUACAGUACAUAAACCGUUUUCUGCCCGUCAACAGGAUUUUUGAUGCCGAUUGUACAGAGCCAUUUUUUUCUCUCUCUAUCACAAACUUCAUGCUACUGGGGAAAAAAAGUUGUAUCUUGUUAUUGAGCAAUAUUAAAUUGAACUGUUCAUUUUACUACAUUAUGACCAUUUAUCAAUUAUGCAUUUAAUCUCAAGUGUUUAGUUUCAAGUGGAUUCUCUUUUCUGUACGUUCGACAAGAAGGAAAAGACCCAACGCAACAGAUGCAAAACGUUGCAUUUUAAUAAUUUGGACUAGAACUUGCAUGUGGAUUCGUUGGCAUUUAAAAACGUCUCACGGCUUUAAAGUGAACAAUUGGUUAUUUUGUCUUGACCCCCCCCCCCCCCCUUCCUCUUCUGUGCCAUUUCAACUUGACACUGUGCCUUCCUGUUCUUGUUCUGACCACUAUUGACCUGGUAUCCAGGAAAAACUCCACAGUAGGUGGUUUGUGGCUCUGUGUAAAAUCAAUAGCAGUCUCUCCUCGUGUGUAUAGCAGCAUGUGUAAUAACAAUAAAGAACAAAGACUUAGUACUUCCAACUACCGUUUGUUUUUUGAUUCCAGUGUUUCUCUAUUUUUUUGUCUGCAAAUUACACUAAUAAUACACAUGCCAGACAUUGCUGUCAGAUCAACAAGAAAUUAACUAUUAUCUAGAUGAUAUUAAUCAUCUUACCCAUAACUAGUCAGCGUAACUGUGAUGACUUCACAGGUCGCUGUAAUGUGAGGUAAAUGUUGAUGAAAUGCUUUAUGAGUUUAAGGGAGAAAAGUAUGUCAAGGUAAUGUAGAACAUGUUAUGAAGAAGCUCAAUGUGUGUGAUGUGCAAUAAUUUAAAAGUAACUCAAAGAAUGCAAAAUUAUUAUUAUUUUAAAAGUCCCCACAUUGUAAUUUUAAUGAGUUUCUAUAGAACACUUAAAGCCAAAAUCUUUGUAGGCGGUUUAUGAACAAAAGAUUUAAAGAUAUUUUUGCCAAACCUGAAAGCUGACAGCUGAUGUUUCUGAAAUGAAGAAAAUUAUUACAAUAUGUGUGUGUGUAUCCUGGAAAGGCCCCGUGAUAACAUUAUUCUCCUUUUUUGACAGACAAAACUACGAAUGUCCGUCAUUUAAAGUGGAAAACUUGAGUGCAGGCACAAGUCUUCUAUCAGGGUAAACACUUCCCUCUGCUGGACAAGAUGGCAACAUAACUGCCCUGUGAAAUUUGGUUCAACUGUGGUUUUAUUUACAACAAAUACAUGAACCAUUAACUGCUGUUUCACUUAUUCCACCUGAAAGGACACGAGGGACCUGCCACUUUCUGAUUAUUAUUACUGUCUUGUCUUGUGUGUGUGAAAAAACAUGCAUUUUUUUUGUCAAACUACAGCUUCAUGCUGUUAUUUAAAUUGUAUCAAUGACGUAAGGAGUGUCCCUCAGUGUUGUGUGCAUCUGGGAGCAGAGCCGCUGCUGCUGCUGUUGAAUAAACCACCUCUGGCAGAAGAAGGCUGAAGGAUAAAACAGAACAACCUGCACUGUCAACAAAUUAACUAGAGCUGACUCAGAGGCAAGUGGAUGAAUACUUACACACACAAACACACACAAACACACACACACACACACACACACACGCACACACACACACACAGUUGUGCAUGCAAAAACACUGUUGCACACCUUUUACUCUUAUGGUUUAUGACAACAUUUAAAGUGUUAGAAUUCCAACUAAAUUCAAAUAAAAGUUAAUACAGCAACUACUGUUAAUUCAAAAACCUUAUAAAAGUAUGAAAGCACCAAAUCUUAGUGCAUUAAUUCAGAUUUUGUACUUUUGUGCUCAGAUGUUACUUGGUUUACAUCGGAGAUGCUUUGUAAACAUUGUAGAAACGUGGUAUGUGCGAUCAUGACCAGCUGGUCUCAUUUGGAGAAAGUACACACAUGUACAUGUUCUAGUUUAUUGCACGUGAAGCAACACAUACUGUACAUUGCACUGGCCAGCUGAUGCCCGGGGUGGUUCACUUUAGGAUGAAUUUUCCAGCGACACUUUAAAAAUCUGCGUAAAGCUGUUUCAUAUUUCAAACAAAGUGACAUUCCUCUGGGGUAAUGAUUAACAUGCUGCUCUCUGCUCUCUCAGCUGGACCGACAGGUGUACGCCACCCGGGUAAAGUUUAAUAAGGAUUCAGUUACACUGUGGCCUCAAGCUCGACCUAUAAAAACAUAAUACACUUGGAGAAUAUGCGUGCGAGUGUACGUACACACACACACACACACACACACACACACACACACACACACACACACACACACACACACAUGCUGUAAAUGAGAUGAGGGUCCAUGGCACUUUUACAUAGAGAAGGUCAGAGGGUGAGUUUGUACUGCAUGCAUAUAAAGUUAGAACUCUCAUACGCCGCAUUCCCAGGCUCGAGCUCCUUUCGUGAACUCUUCUUAAAUUUAUUAGCUUGUCUGAAAAAGCUGAAAUAUGUUUGUGGGAUUCUCAAAAUUUAACCUCAUCCUUUUAAAGAUCCUUUUAAGAUUUAAGAGGCCACGAGGAAUUAUUUCACAGACCGCCCGCACCAUCCCGCCCCCCUCAGGCCACACAGACUGACAGAGUUGCAGGUCAUUAAAGGUCAGUUUCAUCUACUGGACGACUCUGUGUGAACGCGCUCGCCUCCAACGUCUGACGACCUCACAGGUGGAGAUGUUUGUCGUGUCCGUGAUUGGUCAGCGGCCCAGGUGACGUAGCCGAUGGCUCAAAAUAAAGGAGAUUUCCCGUUCAUCGCGGUAGGGGGAGGCCAGAAUGGGGCAGUGGGAUGAGACAAAUAAUCCUUAAAACAGUUCUAUUUUGUUUUUGAUCUUUUAAGGCGACAAAAAGCAAUAUUGAGAGUGGAGUGAUUGUGGAUUGAAUCCUGUUUGGUCACAAGACACAAAAAUGGUAAAACCAUUUGAGAACAGAUGAGCUUUUCUCUGUUUGUUUGCUUUGUGUAUUUGCAGAUGCAUAACAGUCUGUGUAAAUAGGUUUACCUCAGGGCCAGUCAGGCAAGUGCUCUCUCAUCUAAUUAGUCUGUGCUAAACCUCUUUGAGGCAUGAAAUCAUCCCAACAGCAAUCCACACAAAGCCCCCCCCCCCACACACACACACUUGGAACAGUUCAAUUAGCCCACAUGCCCUUGAUCUGUGAAAACAUGCAGUGCACAUUUUAUAGCACACGUGCUAGGUAAAUCUUAAUCCAUACCUAUCACAUCACAUCUGGACAACUGCGUUGACAGAUGUGCAGUGAUAUAAUUAGACUCCUUGUACUACUCUUGUUUGACCUGGCGUAAAAUCUCAUCUACACCAAAAGAUACUCACCAAAGGGGAAAAAAAUAUAAUAACGAAAAAACACCAAAGAUUUUCUUAAUUUUUGGUUAGGGAGAUAUACAAACUAUUACUGUAACUAUCCUAUUAUGACGGUAUUUGAGAUUUGUGUCUAAUUAAAACCUACACAAUGUAAUUCUAAUUGUCCAUCUCUGACCUGGGUUGUUUAGAACCCCACACCCCCCCCACUACCCUCCACUACCCUCCACUACCCUCCACCCCCCAGAACCAUAUAUGUCAAUCAUUUGAGGGAAGGGGAUUUAGAGACUUUGGAGACACGUGCACAGACAGACAGCUAACCUACUUUGAGGUGACCACUUCACAUUAUGAGAUCAGAGAGACAGAGGAGGAGGAGGACGACAAAAAGAGCAGGAGGGACACAAAGGUCAGCAUCUCUCCUGCAGUCCGAGCUGUGAGGACUAACCAGAGGACAGGGGAGAGUUCUUUUCUUGGCUUUGACUGCACUCGUCUAGAGCUGAAAUUCUAUUACAAAAAGCUGGGAAUAGAAGAAGAAGAAGACCUAUAAACAAAAGAGUUCUGAGAUAUAAUAAUCAUGGCACAGCAGGUCAGCGGCUCACCGUUCCUCAAGCCCUUCUCCCUGAGGGCGGCGGUCAGAGUGGUCAGCCCUCUGCAGCAGAGACGACACACGCUCCCCGCCAGCGAGUUCCGGAACCUCACGCCGCAGGACGCCAUCAGUGUGUUUGAGAUCGAGAGAGAGGCGUUUGUCUCUGUGUCUGGAGAGUGUCCGCUCAUCCUGGAUGAGGUGCUUAACUUCCUGAGUCAGUGCCCCGAGCUGUCGUUGGGUUGGUUUGAGGAGGGACAGCUCGUAGCCUUCAUCAUCGGCUCUGGCUGGGACAAGGAGAGGCUUUCACAAGAGGCCAUGACCCACCACGUCCCGAACUCCCCUUCUGUGCACAUCCACGUGCUGUCGGUGCACCGUCACUGUCGCCAGCAGGGCAAGGGCUCCAUCCUCCUGUGGCGCUACUUGCAGUACCUGCGCUGCGUGCCGGGCCUCCGGCGAGCUCUGCUGAUCUGCGAGGACUUCCUGGUGCCCUUCUACCUCAAGGCCGGCUUCAAGGAGAAAGGGCCGUCGGCCAUCUCUGUGUCCAACAUGCAGUUCCACGAGAUGGAGUACACGGUCGGCGGGCAGGCGUACGCCAGACGGAACAGCGGCUGCUAGUCCCUCAGUCCCAGGCCCCCGCCCUCCCCUUACACUCCGACUUACUCACCACUUACAUGGACUCAGGGCAGAAAAGAUUACAGAGAACACAUCUGACAGAUGGACAGACAGAAGAAGCACAGCACCAGUGAACACCAUCGGACUGGGUUCAGCGUCCUCAUGUCAGUUUGACCCACUUGGCCCAAGGAGUGAGGACUGUGUGAGGCCGAGACGGGACAGAGAGUGGAUUCACUUCUUCGUGCAAGAAAAAUGAAGCCAGUGACUUUACAGACUAAUAAUCAGAAAUCAAAUUCCUGUUGUCAUCAGUAGCAUAUCAGCAUUGAAAGAUUUAAAUUGUUUUCCCAUUAGUUUAUCAUCUGUCUAAUCAAUAGCAUUUCAUGGUGUGUAAUCUAACCAAGGCAAUUAUUUAAAAAAACAACCAUAUAAAUCCAUCAAAUCUUGAGUUGUGGUAUGAAUACUGUUCUAUUUUUGUAAACCAUAUAAAAAGUGAUGAAUACAGUGUUAUUAUUGUAAUAUAGAGUCAUUUGAGGAUCUAUAUAUUGAUCAUGCAGCAAUUAAUAAUGAUUUGAUUGUUUACUGGAAAAAGAUGGUAGCAGAAAUGUUCUGUUUGUUUCCCUGUUGCUUAAUGUGAUUAAAAUCUUUUUAAUCUU